ACUCACCGAGGCCGCCACGCCCCUCCUGCACAGCCGCACCGCGACGAACACCAGUACCGAGAAGAGGAAGAGCGACGACACCGACGCCAAGGCGACCAGCAGAUAGACGAGUGAACUAAGAAGAAGAACUAUCCUAAGUCUUCUGAAUUAAAACUGAGACUCAAUCUACAUUGAACUUCCUCAGAAAGGAAUCAUGAACAUUGAAGCAUAUUUUGAAAGAAUUGGUUAUAAGCACUAUAGGAACAAGUUGGACUUGGAAACAUUAACUGACAUUCUUCAGCACCAGAUCCGAGCCAUUCCCUUUGAGAACCUUAACAUCCAUUGUGGGGAAGCCAUGGAAUUGGGCUUAGAGGCCACUUUUGAUCAAAUUGUGAGGAGGAACCGAGGUGGGUGGUGUCUCCAAGUCAAUCAUCUUCUGUACUGGGCUCUGACCACAAUUGGUUUUGAGACCACUAUAUUGGGAGGGUAUGUAUACAACACUCCAGCAAACAAAUAUAGCAAUGCCAUGAUUCACCUCCUGCUGAAGGUGACCAUUGAUGGCAGGAACUACAUAGCUGAUGCUGGAUUUGGACGCUCUUACCAGAUGUGGCAGCCUCUAGAGUUAAUUUCUGGGAAGGAUCAGCCCCAGGUGCCUUGCACCUUCUGCUUGACAGAAGAGAGAGGAAUCUGGUACCUAGACCAAAUCAGAAGAGAGCAGUAUAUCCCAAACCAAGAAUUUCUUAAUUCUGAGCUCCUGGAAAAGAAUAAAUAUCGGAAAAUCUACUCUUUUACUCUUGAACCUCGAACAAUUGAAGACUUUGAGUCUGUGAAUAUAUACCUUCAGGAAUCUCCAGCAUCUGUCUUUACAAGCAAGUCAUUUUGUUCCUUGCAGACCCCAGAAGGUGUUCACUGUUUAGUGGGCUUCACCCUCACCUACAGGAGAUUCAAUUAUAAGGACAAUACAGAUUUGGUAGAGUUUAACACACUGAAUGAAGAAGAAGUAAAAGAAAAUCUAAAAAAUAUAUUUAAUAUUUCCUUGGAGAAAAAGCUUGUCCCCAAACAUGGUGAUAAAUUUUUUACCAUAUAGAGUAAGCAAUAAAAAUGGUCUCAGUAUUA